CCACUACCGCCAAUGGGAAGACGAGCACGACCGCUUCCGCUCAGCGCGUGCAAGGUCGCCUGAAUUAAGAUGGCUGCGGGGACGGUGGCCGCACGGGAAAGUGGUGAGGAUGCCUUCCGACAGCUUUUUCGCUUUUACCGCCGGUGGGAAGGCUCGGACAUGACAGGGGUGAUUGACUUCUCGAAGCACGCCGGACGACAGGUGGUCAGUUCUCCCCUCGUUGUUUCUUCAGUAAGUGAUCAAGAUGCCUGCAGAGCAGGAUUGAAGCCAAUUAACUUGUGGAAAGCCUAUGGGCUGGCUAAUUACCCAGGAUUUAUAUUUAUCCCAAAUCCUUUCCUUCCGGGCUGUCAGCGCCACUGGGUGAAACAGGGUCUCAAGCUGUACACCCAGAAACCCAAUGUGUGCAAUUUGGAUAUGCACAUGUCUACUAAGGAAACUGCAGAUCUUUGGGGAAAGACUCAGCAGCAGCUGCGAAACAAAAGUUCCAGCAAACGAGAGCCAAAAAGUUUACUGGAGAAGCUGCGCUGGGUGACUUUGGGAUACCAUUAUAACUGGAAUACCAAGAAAUAUUCAGCUGAUCACUGUACUCCCUUUCCAUCUGACCUGGCUUUCCUUUCGAAGCAAGUGGCUAAAGCUUGUGGGUUUCCAGGCUUCCAAGCAGAAGCAGGGAUCCUGAAUUAUUACCACUUUGAUUCUUCUCUGGGGAUUCAUGUGGAUGAGUCAGAGCUGGACCAUUCUCAACCUCUCCUGUCAUUCAGUUUCGGACAACCAUCCAUAUUUUUGUUGGGGGGACUGAAACGAGAUGAAGCCCCCGUGGCCAUGUUUAUACACAGUGGGGACAUGAUGGUCAUGUCUGGCUUCAGCCGCCUGCUAUACCAUGCAGUUCCCAGAGUUCUGCCCAAUCCCGAGGGGAAACCUCUGCCUUCUUGCCUGGAGUUGCCUCUCCCUGCUGACCUUCCUGCAGACUCAGUUAUUGAGCCCUGCUCCCAAGAUGAUUGGCAAGUCUGUGCCCAAUAUUUGCAAGGAUCCCGCAUCAACAUGACCAUCAGGCAAGUUCUGGCUGAAGGCCAGAGCUUCCCAACUGAAUCUGGGAUGGAGAAUAAGCUAGAUGUUCUUUCCAAAGGUUCCUAUCAUGAAGAGAACAGUGAAUUCAAAAGGCACAAACCUGAUACAGACAGCUGAGACCACCUGGAAGCCUUUUUUUCCCCCACCAGUGGCCCACUGUGAAGCCUAGUCCAACCCACAGCCACUCACCCAGACCAGGGGUGGAGGGCAAAGAUUCUAGUGAAGGGGCCUGGAGACAGUGCAUGGCUGAGUGGGCUGUGGGAGAGGAAGUCAAUGCUGGCACCCCCAUUGCUUGCUCAUCUAGAACAGUGGCAGGAAGGGCUGUGCCCAGCAGCACAGCAGGCCUGGUGAUUAGCUCGCCAGUGGACCCAAGAGGAGACCCAGCCCACCUGGCCUGGUAGAGUGGCAGGCCUGGCCAGGAAGGGACCUAGACGGCCUCACCUUUGCACCUGCAUGGGCUCAGCCCUGGUUGUUGGGGUAGGAGAGGGGAAAGGCCUUGGAGGAGGAAGGGAGAGGAGGCAAGGGAAAUGGCAGAAGGGAGCAAGCAGGCUGGUAGGAAGAUCCCUGCCUCAAGGCACAGGACAGAAGAGACCUUUGAAGGGCAGCAAGCCUUGCUCCUGGAGGCCCCCAAGAAGGCUCAGGCCUGCCGGGGCCCAAAGAAGGACCGUGCGGAGUAACCUUGCCUACCUUCAAUAAAAAAACAGCAUAGUAGCAGCAUCAGCAAACAGUCUCAUGAUCCUUGAAGGGCUGGGAUGGAUGGGCAAUAAUAUGGACCCUUACCCCCUAGCAGCACAUUGGUCACAGCCCAGUGUGGGAAGGUUAUUACCCAUCCAGAUGGAGAACAACUGCUAUUGGGAAGAGUAUGUGACUAAACCAGAACUGUGAUUAUUUCCACAUCUAUCAUAGUCUCUUCAAGAUCCCAUAGUGGUUGGUCUCUUCUAGGUCACAGAGCAAAUUCAUAUCACUUGAGUGAAUACCACUUGCACAGAAUACUUGCUCCGGCCUACAACUUCCUUUGUGACCCGGCUUUGAGGUAUCAGAAUGAAGGCACCAGCAAAAGGAGCAAGCUGUUAAGUAGUGGAUUUCGUAACAGAUCCAUUACAUGGUCUGAAAGCAUAAUGAUGGAGCAACUUGCCUUGAAGCUAAGCAGGUGUGGGCCUGUAUAGGGCCUGUAUAGGAGACCCAUGGGAACUGCAAAAGAAAUGUUAAUAAUA